AUGACCGACGACCCUUUUCACCCUCACGAAAGUACCCCUGGUCAUUCACCAGAUAUCGAGAUGGCUUCUCCUACCGACCACCCUUCUGGCUCACCUUAUCACCCAUCCACCCCACCCCACCAAGCGUCUUCAGCCUUGUAUGGUGGUCAAUCACCAGAGAUCUACACUUCACCUCAACCCAGUGGCGGCGUACCUGCAGGAUCAUCCAGCGCUCCUCUUCAAGCUACCCCUCCUAAUUUGGGUAAGAGGAACUUCUCCGCUUUGCCUCCUCUAACUCCUCGAGAGUCGGAAGAACGCGAAAGACCCAGCACUGGCCUAGAGGCUGGCUUAGGUCUAGGAUUAGAACUGGGAAAUCCUUCCUCCUCUGCUUCUUCAAGGAAUAACCCAGAUCUUUCAACUAGCAUCGACCGACCAGAUAGACAAAGUGAAGAGGUGGCAUCUCAUCUCCUAAAUCAACAAAUUCAUCUUGCCCAUCCAGAGGUUGUCGAAGACGAAAGGGGAAGUUAUGCUGCUCCUACAACACCUAAUCCGACACCUGCAAGAGGUUCAGAACAAAGUGAAGCCAUGGAUGUGGAUCAAGGCCCGGGUCAACCUCCUGCAGAACUCGUCGAAGCAAUGACCAGAACGAAAAGGUUACAACGACGUAUUCCAACUGAUCCCCUUCCGGUCAACUUCAAGCCAGAGGUAGUACCGAGUAACCUCGAUCUGACUCCUGAUGAAUGGAAAAAGGUCAGAUUCGAAUCGAUAAAAGCGGAUUUUAGGAAGACCUUGUUACCCAAAUGGAGAGAGCCAUCCGGUACCCAUAGAGUGAUGGCUCCUUCUGGUGACCUGGCAUGGGUCGAUCCCUUCGCCUCCCCAACGCUCCCGCGAGCAUUGAUCCCAGAGUUGAGAAUUCCACCCGACUUUGGUAUAGACGAUUUUAACGCCGCUCGAAUCGGUUUGAACUUUAUGGAAAUGUUGGCGGACGACCUGAAAUCUGGCGAGAUGACCCCAUUGGAUCUCGAUUGGCCGGUAAGACGACAUGUCUUUGGAUGUAUCAUGAUGCAAGAAAGGGGUGAAGCAAGGACCCUUUUCCCUACAUCUCUGGAUCGAACCAUUCUACCUGCAAGGCAAUUUGAAGGAGUCGAUUUGGACGAGACCGCCGCCUACACCUUUCGAAGGCCUUUGCAAUGGGCCAGACCUCAACUCCACGUCACCUUUGAACUUUUAGCAGCUCAAUCGAGUUUCAAAGAUACCAUGAGAUUAUACGGAUUCGAAUGUGGUAGAGUAUUCCAUUGCGAUCCUACGUUAAGCCUCGAGCCGCAUAUUAUCUCGUUAAUCACCACUCAGCCCCAUACUACCGAAUUUGAAAAUCUAUAUAUUACCGUUUCGGAAAUGAUCAGUGCAGGUGGAAAUUCCGACGUCUAUAGAGGGACUUUACACACUCACGCGCACGGCGAACAGAAGACGGACAUUGAUGCGGAAGACAGAGAUGUGGUGAUCAAGGUGAUUUGUCCAAAAGCAUUCGAGGAUGAUCCGAGAUGGGCUGCGAAGAAAGCGACCACGCGAGAGGCGAAACAAUCGAUGAUCAACGAAAUCACCAUGUACAAUAACCAUGCGGCUGCGCUUCAAAGCGAAGUCAUCCUGCGCUAUUAUGGAUUAUGGGAAUGGAAGGAUCAAUUGAGGAAAAGCGAUGGGGGUGACAGCGGAGAUAUGACUGAAAAGUCCUAUCGGGUAUUCAUAGAGGUAUUGGAAGAUGUGGGUAUAUCAAUGAAUCAAAGAUUUGGUUGGCCAGAGAAUACCAGUCCUGACUCGAUCAGGAUCGAACACAAAAUGGAAAUCUUAGCAGCAUACGCUCAACUUCAUAAAAUGAAGGUUCACCAUGGAUACAUUGGACCCGAAGUCAUCAGAUUCAACCCUAGAAUUGGAUAUCCAAGUAUUGAUUCUGGAAUCCGAUUGAUCGAUUUUACCCAUUCGCUCGUGGUUAGGUACUCUAGUCAUUGCAAGGACGAACUUGAUCAUCUCCAAUUGCUCUACAAAAUCACGCAUGAAGAACUGAUGGAAUUCUUCCAACAGAUGAGAGAGAAUUUCGAGUCGUUCACUUACAUGGAUGGAUUGGGUCAACCGGAGUCGGAUGAAGAUUUGGAUAUGACAUAG